AUGAAGGGUGUCAGUGAUUACAAUGUCUGCUCGUUUGGCUGGAGUGACUCGUGGAGCGAUGCCGUAUGUAAAUACAUGGGGUUCAGGUCAGCUAACGUUACCAAAUAUCUUCUCCUACCCAUCAUAAAAUUCGUCAAGCUGAGAAAUGACUCCAAGCCAACAGACGCCAAUGCCUUGCUAUCAUUCGAGAGAACAAAUUCUUGCCCGGACAAGCUGUUCGUUCACACGAGUUGUCUCAGUUACGAAUCUGUUACAGAAUGCAAAUCCCAAUCAAAAUGUGGUAUGAAAAAACUAGCCUCAGCGUUGAAGGAGCCCUACAUAGUGAAUGGGGAUGUUGCCGCGGAGGGGGCCUGGCCCUGGUAUGCCCAACUCUACUACAAUGGGACGUCAUGGUGUGGCGCUUCGAUUAUCAGCGACCAGUGGCUACUCACUGCUGCCCAUUGCCUAUUGUCAGUUGGGCUUUCCCUUUCCAUGCACUACGUCCCAAAUGUAGAAUUUGCAUUCUCAUCAGUUAUGCACAUUACCCGAGAUGUAGAGUAUGGCUGA